AUGUUGUUCCACCGCCACCGCGGCGACGGUGCUCCUGAACCUCCUCCUUCUCCUUACGACGACGACCGGGACCACAGCCUGGUGGUGCUCCUGACCUUCGGCAUCUUCUUCUCCUUCGUCGUGCUCUACCUCGUGGCCGGCCUCGUCUGGGCCUCGGCGAUCGCCGCCUUCGCCGUCGCGCUCUCCGUCUGCUACCUCAGGGCUCGGAGGCGGGCCGCGCUGGCGAGGCUUGCUGCCGCGGCAGGCGUUGGCGGCAGAGCGCGUCUUGCUCGGAGCAGCAGCGGUGGUUUGGACAAUCUUCACCUUCGUCCCGCUGCUUUGCUGCUGCCGGCGUUCGCGUACAAGAGGGGCGCCGGCGAGGCGGCAGGGUCCCCAGGGUGGGCGCAGUGCGUGAUAUGCAUCGGCCUGGUGCAGGCCGGCGAGAUGGUGCGGCGGCUGCCGGCGUGCAAGCACCUGUUCCACGCCGAGUGCAUCGACACGUGGCUGCGGUCGCACUCCACGUGCCCCAUCUGCCGCGCCGUCGUCGUCGACGGGCGGUCGUCUCAGCCGCCGGUUUGA